AUGACACAACGAGACGCAGUGCGCAUAUAUGUCCUGUAGACUCAAAUGACAAAUGUUUCCAUCACUUUCGCCGAUAUGUCUAAUCUAUUCCUUGUGCAUUUAUUGUAGACUUCUAUCUGUAGAGCACCGGGAUGCAUUGGUUCGACAUUCUGAAUCUUCUUUGCUUUAAAAUUAAAACACAGAGAAAGAGAAAAGUAACUUGAGUACUUUCGGAAUACCGGUAUAUUUGGGGAAUUUUUGUAAAACGGGGCAAAACAAACAUAAUGAUCCGGAGGAGGAUGUCUUGUCGAGAAGUCAUGUAAAGUGAUGACACGUCUAACAAUUUCGCUGGAGAAAUUCUGUUCAGCACCACGGACAGCUCUAAAUAGUAUCGCUGAUAAAACGAAAGCUGAUCUGUUCCUGUGAUAAGUCUGUCUUGGCAAAAUGGUAUAAUUCUCGAAAUCUCUAACGAAAGCAUUCCAAGUCUGACAUCUAGAUAAUUUAAAUGGUGAUUGCGCACAUUUUUAAAGAUAAGUAUUACCCUAGUGUGAUGCAAAACUGAGGGGGGUGGGGAGUGUAAAAUAUGAAUCUUUUUCUCACUGUGAAAAUGUUAUUUUCAUGUAUAGCGAAUGACUUCAUUUACACGCUCAGUAACGUCAUCUUAGUUAAUUAGAUUGUUAAUUUAAAAAGGUAUGCAUAAAAUAGCCCACUCCGUAUCCGUGCCCUUGAUACUAGAUGGUCGUUUGUAUCUAACCUGAAUUAAUGCUACACAUUUAUUUGCAUUUAGUGGUUCAUGCUAUGUUGACUUGAGAAUGUUCAUCACAGAAAAACGCAGACGCGAGGAGGGGGGGGGCGGUUGUGAAAGUGAAGGAACCCCCCUUCUAGAUGCGCUCGUGGCCUCAAAAUAGCUCAGUCAGUUUCAGUGCCUUUGCAGCACGCUGGAAAGGCAGGUCACACAGAAUAGGUAGCACCACGCGCGCACUCUGUGGCAAGGAUGCAGUUUCAUUCAUUCAGCCCUGCAAACUGCCCGCGGUGGCUCUGUCUGAACCGGGCAGAUCCUUUGCAAAUCGGAAGGCUCUAAUUGAACCGAAGCCCCUUUUUAAUGUCACGAUGUCACAGGAGGAAAACUGCCAAUUAUUUGUCGCUGUUUCUUUCAACGCACGCGGAUCUAUACCUUCCUUUUUCACCUGAGAAAGCACAUGGGGUCUCCAGCAAAAUACUUGUCUGUGCACGAAACUCAGUCCGUUCCGUUUUUUAUCGGAGAGAUAAUGUGGAACACGUCCGAAUCGGCGGAAAAAACAGACGGCAAAAAAGAAUUGAUAGUUCGGACGGUGACUGGUUGCUUGCUUUCUCUUCUCAUCUUAUGGACUCUGUUGGGGAACAUUCUGGUAUGCUCUGCGGUCCUCAAGUUCAGGCACUUGCGAACUAAAGUGACAAACAUUUUCAUUGUGUCUCUGGCUGUUUCUGACCUGUUUGUUGCUGUGCUAGUCAUGCCCUGGAAAGCAGUGGCCGAGGUUGCGGGAUAUUGGCCAUUCGGACCCUUCUGUAACAUCUGGGUGGCUUUCGACAUUAUGUGCUCCACGGCGUCCAUCCUCAAUCUCUGCAUCAUAAGCGUGGAUAGGUACUGGGCCAUAUCUAGUCCGUUCCGAUAUGAAAGAAAAAUGACUCAAAGAGUGGCCUUUGUAAUGAUCAGUGUGACAUGGACGUUGUCUGUACUCAUUUCGUUCAUACCAGUGCAGCUGAACUGGCAUAAAGCCAGCGACGAGGAGGUCUGGAUAAAUGGCACCUCUUUUGGGGAAAAAUCUGAAAACUGCGACUCUAGUCUCAACAGAGAAUACGCCAUAUCAUCAUCUUUGAUAAGUUUUUAUAUCCCCGUAGCAAUUAUGAUUGUGACCUACACAAGAAUAUAUAGGAUUGCUCAAAUCCAGAUACGGAGGAUAUCUUCUUUAGAGCGCGCGGCAGAACACGCGCAAAGUUGCAGGACGAACAGACUCGAGUGCCAACACCACAAUACCUUGAAAACGUCCAUUAAAAGGGAAACCAAAGUCUUUAAAACUUUGUCUGUGAUUAUGGGCGUUUUCGUCUGCUGCUGGUUGCCCUUCUUCAUUCUAAAUUGCAUAGUCCCAUUUUGUGACAGACCACCGACAGACCACACAGCCGGACUUCCUUGUGUGAGUGACACAACUUUUGACGUGUUCGUUUGGUUUGGAUGGACAAAUUCCUCUCUGAAUCCAAUUAUAUAUGCAUUCAAUGCCGACUUUAGAAAAGCCUUUGCCAGUCUUCUAGGGUGUCGUAAUUUCUGCUCGAGGACACCAGUUGAAACUGUAAACAUCAGCAACGAGCUUGUCUCUUAUAACCAAGACACACUGUUUCAUAAAGAAAUCGUUACCGCGUAUGUGAACAUGAUUCCAAACGUGGUGGACUGCAUCGAUGACAACGAGGACACCUUCGAUAGAAUAUCACAGUUUUCUCAUAACAAUGAAAUUGCAACUGACUCAGUCUGUGAUUUGGACGAUUGUGAGGCAGAUAUUUGCUUGGAUAGACUUGCGCCGUUCACCCCUAAUGGUUUACACUAGCUCACUUAUUUGUCUAAAAAUCAAUACAUAAAAUGAUGUAUUGCUCUAAUAAGAUAUUUAAACUGUGUUGUUAUUACAUACUUACAGUGACGUUGUAAUAUUUUGUAACAGUAGACAUUGACUUUAUGUGUAUUUAUCUGUUGAAAUGGUAUGGUCAUAUGCUUUAAAAAAAAGUGUUGCUUAA